AUGCCUAUUAGAACUAUUAUUCAAUUACAAAUAAAAAAUCAGCUAGUAGGAGAACCCGUUGAAGUUGAAUUGGAUGAUGAUGGCGCCUUGCUUAUUUCUGCUUUGCAGUCCGCAUUGCCUGGUGCGUCAGGCCUAUAUUUUAAUGAAAACUGCAAGUCGUCCGUCAAAUUUGAUGGUAAAAAACUGAUUCCGCCAGCAGGUGGAUGGAAAGAUCGUAAAUAUUUCGCCACUUUGGGUUGCCGAUCGUUUGACUAUCCGUUCGGAACGUAUGCAAACGCUUCGAAACAAUUUGAACGAUCUGUUAAUGCUGUACAGCGAUUAUUUGGUAAUAUUCGAAAAAAGAAAAUUGGUGUUGAAUCGUCCGAUGGAAAUUUAUUACCACUUGAACAACAAUUUGUUGAUUUAGCUGCAAUUUCAACAGCAAAAGAUAAUUUAAUUCAACAACAAAGAGAGGAAAUUAAAAAUAUUUUAGAAAAAUUAGAGAAUAAAGAAAGUCAAUGUAGCGCCCAAGACGAAGAAUUGUCGGUUUUGAGGAAUUUAGGCAAGGAACAUACCUAUAUGUGCGAUAAAGUAAUUUAUUAUUAUUUAUUAUUAUUUUUUUAA